AUGCUCUUUCUGCGCCUGGUUCGCAGAUUUGGUACAGUGCCCCAUAUUUAUGCUGCAGCUGAUGAUGUGCUGUCUAUUAACAAUGUUGGUCCUGCUAGGAAUAUUGGGGAGUCAAAUUAUAUGCGAAAACCUAUUAAAAUAGAUGAACCCGUACUUAUUAAGUUGAAGAAUGAGAGGGACCCUGAAAAGUUGUUUAAUUUGUUUAAGGCCAAUGCCCACAAUAAAGUUGUUGUUGAAAAUCGAUUUGCAUUCGAGGAUACAAUUUCUAGGUUAGCUGGGGCUGGUCGGUUUGAUUACAUUGAGAAUUUGCUUGACCAUCAGAAGACUUUGCCGCAGGGCCGACGAGAAGGAUUCAUAGUUCGAAUUAUAAUGUUGUAUGGGAUGGCUGGAAUGUUUAAACUUGCUGUUAAUACAUUUUAUGAAAUGCAUCUGUAUGGUUGUAAGAGGACAGUUAAGUCGUUUAAUGCUACGUUAAAGGUGUUGACUAAUACCCGUGAUUUGGAGGCAAUUGAAUCUUUUCUAAGAGAUGUUCCUUUCAAUUUUGGCAUCGAGCUAGAUGUGUUUUCUAUUAAUAUUGUUAUCAAAGCGUUUUGUGAAAUGGGUAUAUCGGAUAAAGCUUAUUUGGUAAUGGUUGAGAUGAAAAAGCUGGGAAUAAGUCCGGAUGUGAUUACAUACACAACACUAAUAGCGGCCUUUUACAAGGCAAACCGAUGGGAGAUUGCCAAUGGAUUAUGGAACCUUAUGAUACUAAAGGGUUGUCUUCCUAAUGUGGCAACCUUUAAUGCCAGAAUUCAAUUCUUAGUGAAUAAAGGGCGAGCUUGGGACGCUAACAAAUUAUUGGCUUUGAUGCAUUGCUAUGGGAUACGUCCAGAUAAGAUAACAUAUAAUUUGGUGAUUAAAGGCUUUAAUUGUGCUGGAUACCUUGAAAUGGUAAUGAGAGUUUAUAAUGCUUUUUGCCAUGAAGGAUACAAGCCCAAUCAAAAAAUUUAUCAGACAAUGAUCCACUAUCUUUGUCGAGCAGGUAAUUUUGAUUUGGCAUACACUUUUUGCAAAGACAGUAUGCAAAAGAAUUGGUAUCCUAGUGUGGAUAGCAUCUGUAAGCUGCUUGAAGGUCUGAGGAAGGACGGAAAACUUGACAAACUUGAAAAGGCCAAAUAUAUUUUUCUUUUGGCUAAGAAAAGGGUACCUCGUUUUUCUGGUGAUCAAAUAAGUGCCAUGAAAUCAAAAUGCCAAUUUGAAAACUUCGGCCCACUAAUGGGCAUAGGUUCUUAUAUUUUUCCACUUUAUGACUUACUGAAAGGUCAAAGGGCAUCGAGCAUAUACAUGUUAUAUCAUUGGUGGCUAAAGAUAAUGACGAGGGAUCGGGGUAUGGUUUAUAAAGCAGGCUCAAUCAUCAAUAUUGUUCUGAUUGCAUGCCUAUCACAGACCCAAGAAAGCCAUUGGGAAAAAAUACUCGAAACCCGCUUUUUAGAAGAGGACGUUGCUCCUUCAGAAAUUGCACACCUAGUGUUCGACAAAAUUCGUGACUGUGAAUUGGGUCUCAAGUUCUUUGACUGGGUGUCGCAGAAAAGGUUUUCUCUUGAUGGGUUUGCCUAUUCAUCGCUUUUGAAGCUCUUGGCUAGGUCUAAAGUGUUUACGGAGAUUGGAAAUUUGUUGGCGGAGUGUGUGAAAUGUGAAGAGAAGUUGCCUACGAGUGAGGCGUUCGAUGUUGUUAUCCGAGCCUAUGCGGAAUCUGGGCAGGUUGAGAAAGCUCUUGAGUUGUAUUCAUUUGUGUUGAAAAAGUAUAAUGUGGUGCCCCAUGUUUUGGCUUGUAAUUCUUUACUUAAUGGGCUUGUAAAGAAUGGGAAAAUAGAAAUAGCAUGGAAUGUAUACGAGGAAAUGAUGAAAAGGGAUGAUGGUAUUGACAAUAUUUGUGUAGAUAAUUAUAGUGUUUGUAUAAUGGUCGGAGGGUUGUGUAAAGAAGGGAAGGUUGAGGAAGGUAAAAUGUUAAUUGAGAAAAGGUGGGGAAGGAAUGCCAUUCCGAAUAUUGUGUUUUAUAAUACUCUUAUUGACGGGUAUUGCAAGAGAGGGAACAUUGACAGAGCUCAUGGGCUUCUCAACGAGUUGAAAUUGAAGGGAUUUUUGCCCACGGUGGAGACAUAUGCAGCUAUAAUAAACGGGAUUUGCAAAGAAGGGAGUUUUGAGAAACUUAGUGAACUUUUAAAGGAAAUGGAAUCAAGGGGCAUCGAAGUUAGCACUGAAGUGUAUAAUAGUAUAAUCGAAGGUAGAUAUAGGAAUGGCUUUGUUGGGGAUGCAGUAGAGACAACGAGGAAAAUGAUCGAGGUUGGUUGCAAGGUGGACAUAGUGACCUAUAAUAUUUUGAUUUCUAAUGCAUGUAGGGAUGGAAAGUUACAGGAAGCUGAAAAGCUUUUAGAGCAGGUGAAAAGGAGGGGACAUAUACCGAAUAAGCUAAGUUUCACUCCUCUUAUAUACACCUAUUGCAGACGGGGGGAUUUUGAGAGGGCCUCGAGCUUGGUUGUUGAGAUGACAGAAUGUGGACAAAAACCUGAUUUAGUAACUUAUGGAGCUCUUGUACAUGGGUUAGUUGUUUCCGGGGAGGUUGAUGCUGCAUUGACAAUUCGAGAAAAAAUGAUCGAGAGGGGUGUAUCCCCCGAUUCGGGUAUUUACAAUGUUUUGAUGAAUGGCCUAUGUAAAACUGGAAGGUUUCUUGCUGCUAAGCAGCUUCUUUCAGAGAUGCUUGGGCACGGUGUACUACCUGAUAUGCAUGUUUAUGCUACUUUGGUGGAUGGAUGUAUCAGAAAUGAUAAUCUUGAUGAGGCAAAGAAAAUCUUUGAUGAUAUAAUUAAGAGGGGUAUGGAUCCUGGGGUAGUUGGCUACAAUGCCAUGAUUAAGGGCUUCUGUAAAUCUAGGAUGAUGAGAGACGCAAUCAUCUGUAUGAAUAAAAUGGUAAAUAGAAAUAUUUACCCCGAUGAAUUUACUUAUUCUACUAUUAUAGAUGGGUAUAUAAAGCAACAUGAUCUGUAUGGUGCAUUAAAAAUUUUUAGCCAUAUGGUAAAACGGAAUUCUACGCCAAAUGUUGUCACUUAUACCUCUCUCAUCGAUGGGUUUUGUCGCAACAGAUAUGCUGUUGGAGCUGAAAAGAUUUUUAGAGAGAUGAAAAUGAACGGUGCAAUGCCUAAUGUUGUGACUUAUACUGUACUAAUAGGAGGUUUUUGUAAAGAGGGAAAACUUGCCAAAGCUGCCUCUUUUUUUGAACAAAUGCUUUUGAGCAAAUGUAAUCCCAAUGACGUUACAUUUCAUUAUUUGGUUAAUGGGUUUUCGAAAAAUGCAUCUAGCACUAUCUUGAACAGACAUAAUGAAUCUGAUAUGCAGGGGCUUAUGCUUCUAGAGGUUUUUGGAUGGAUGAUGUCGGAUGGUUGGGAUCCUAUCUCAGCUGCAUAUAAUGCAAUUAUUGGCUGCCUUUGUUUACAUGGAAUGCUUACAGCUGCAUUGCAGUUGAGUGAGAAGAUGUCGAAGAAGGGGUUCCCUCCAGAUUCAGUAACUUUUACUUCCCUGUUAAGUGGAAUUUGUUUAGUAGGAAAAUCUAAAGAAUGGAAGAGCAUAGUUUCCUGCACUCUAGAUGAGCUUGAGCUCAAUAUUGCUAUUAAGUACUCGAAAUUAUUUGAGCGCUAUCUAAAUGAUGAGUUUUUGGUUGCUUAUCCUACAUUUGGUUGGAUAUCUAGGGGAUUCACAUUAUCCAGCUGA